AUGGCUGAUUUGCAGUUACAAAUAUUAAAGGAGGUAGAUGCCAGUGGUAGCAUUGAAAACACCUUGCAAGUGCCUGUAUUUGCCAAGAUCGAUGCUGCUCAAAUCUAUGCUGCUUUGAACUCGCUUCAAGCUAAACAGAUGAUUACAUACUCAAAGAUAGAAACAGAUAAAUGGGUGUUGACACCAGAAGCUGAGUCAUUCUUAGUUGGUGGUUCUCCUGAGUACCGUGUUAUGGAAGCCGUUUUGAAGUCAGUGGAAGGGUUGACUAUCUCCGAUUUGAAGUCCCAAUUGGGUGCUAUUGGAGCUGUGGGUCAAGGUAAGGCAUUCAAGAACCAAUGGUUAGGUAAGGAUGGCGAAAAGUUGGUCAGCAAAGUGGACCAGUUGCCUGAAGAUGUAGUGGUAGCACAAUUGAAGGAGAUAAAGGAAACAGGAAAGCUUUCCGACAAGAAGGAAUUAACAGAAUUGAAGAAACGUAAGUUGGUUCAACAAGUUAAGAUUGUCGGUUACAAGGUUAUCAAAGGUGAACAAUUUGCAUUAGAAAUCAAGAGUUAUGAAACUGAUAUUACUGCCGAUAUGAUUUCCAGUGGUUCAUGGAAGACUGCUGAUUUCAAGCCUUUGAACUUCAAGUCUGAAGGUAUUUACCCUGAAUCAGGAGCAUUGCACCCUUUAAACAAGGUUAGAGAAGAAUUUAGACAGAUUUUCUUCAGCAUGGGAUUCACUGAAAUGCCUUCCAACCAAUACGUCGAAACUGGAUUCUGGAAUUUUGAUACCCUUUUCGUUCCUCAACAACAUCCUGCCAGAGACUUACAAGAUACUUUCUACUUGAAGGAUCCCGUCAAGGCCGGUAAGCCUGAAGACGAAGAAUACUGGAAUAAUAUCAAGCAAGUGCAUCAAGAAGGGAAAUAUGGUUCUAUUGGUUACAGAUACCCUUGGAAGGAAGCUGAAUCACUUAGGAUGGUUUUGAGAACCCACACUACUGCUAUUUCUUCUGCUAUGUUACAUGAUCUUGCUAAGAAUCCUCGUCCUAUAAGACUUUUCUCCAUUGAUAGAGUUUUCCGUAAUGAAGCUGUUGAUGCCACACAUUUGGCUGAAUUUCAUCAAGUUGAAGGUGUCAUUGCUGGAUACGACAUCACUUUGGGAGAUUUGAUUGGGUUCAUGGAAGAUUUCUUUGCCAAAAUGGGUGUCAAUGGGUUAAGAUUCAAGGCUGCCUACAAUCCAUAUACCGAACCAAGUUUGGAAAUCUUUGCAUACCACAAGGGAUUAAAGAAGUGGGUUGAAAUUGGUAACUCAGGAAUGUUUAGGCCAGAAAUGUUAGAAUCAAUGGGUUUACCUAAGAACAUGAGAGUUUUAGGUUGGGGUUUAUCUUUAGAAAGACCUACUAUGAUUAAAUAUGGUGUUUCUAACAUUAGAGAACUUUUGGGACACAAGGUUUCAUUAGACUUCAUUGAAACCAAUCCUGCUGCUCGUUUGGAUGAAGAUUUGGUCUAA